GUACCAAGCUGAGUUAAGUAGGGUUUAAGCCAAGAAUCCAAGUCAACAUUUUUAACCCUAUCAGCCGGCCACUCAUUGUUUCUCCGGGCACCUGAAAUGACAUUCCGGACAUCAUUUUCACUACUCUCCAAGCUCACUCGUCACCGCCGGCAACUCGCUUAUAAAAAUCCAAUCUUUUUACACUCCACCACAAUCUUAACCUCCCCGUCAUCACCAUUUCUGCGUCGCCACUCUUUUUCUUCUAAUCAUCCGCCCGAUUUUAAACCCGAACAGGUUUCAACCCGACCCGAAUUUUCUGAUCAUGGGUUUGAUUAUGGACUUUUUAAUACUGUACCUGAUGCUGUUGAUGAGCAAUCCGAUUUCAAACCCGACCCGGACUCGGUUACGAUCCGACCCGAUUUUUCUGAUCAAGGGUUUGAUUCUGAAAUUGGUAGUACUAUGGCUGGUGUUGUUACUGAGCAAGAUUCGAUUUUUCCAAUUCGUGCUUUGAUUUCAGUUCUUGAUGGUUAUCAUGAUUUUUCGGGUUUUUCGUGGUGGGUAAUUAUAUCUUCCUCUGUAUUUGCUUUUCGAAUUGCUAUGUUUCCUGUAAUUAUAUAUCAGUUAAGUAUGCUUAAACAGAUAUCUAUGCUUUUGCCUAAGUUGCCCCCUCCGUUUCCAAGGCCUUUUUCGGGUAAAAGUUAUGUAGAGCAGUUUAAGUAUUUUACGAAGGAGAGGAAAGCUGUUGGUUGUCCGUCGUUGGUGUGGCACAUAGUGCCGGCUGUGAUACAAAUGCCUUGUUUUAUUUUGGGUGUUACUACGAUUCGGAGGAUGGCUUUGAAUCAUCACCCGGGGUUUGAGAAUGGGGGUGUUUUGUGGUUUCAAGAUCUGACGCAAAUGCCAUAUGGGGUUUGGGGUGCUGUGUUUCCUUUGUUGGUUGCAGGGUUGCAUGUGACAAAUGUGGCACUUACGUUUGGUAAAAUGUCAAUUAAUGAGUGGCCUGAUAGAAUGAGGUUAAUGCUUAGGGGGUACAAGUUUAUUUUGGAUGGUUUGGUGUUGCCUAUGUUUAUUGUUGGUUUUUUUAUUCCGCAGGGGGGUUCGGUUUAUUGGGUUGCAAAUAGUGUUUCAACUUUGAUCCAGCAUUUGUUUAUUGGGAAUGCAAGUGUUCGUAGUUAUUUUGGUCUGCCAGUGAAGGAUGGUCCUGGAAAGGGGUUGGCUAAGAAUGAGAAUACCCAAGUAGAUGAGGCGCUAGGUGUAACUUUAGUGGAUACAUCAGUGAAGCAUCCCAAGAAAGUUUCUGCGAAAGAUUUAAGUCCGAAAGAAUUGGUUAACCUCUCAAUUCAAAUGUUAGCAAAGGGGGAUAAACAGAAAGCUGUUCCAUUAUUAAGACUGGCACUGAAGAAGGACCCCGAACACAUAAGGUCGUUGAUUGUCUUGGGACAGACACUAUUGCAAGAUGGAAUGCUGGCCGAGGCUGUUGAGAACUUGGACCAUGCAGUUUCAAAUAUACUUCUUGCAGGUCCUCCAAGCAAGGUUGAAGAAAUUGAUCAACUGAUUCUCGCUUCCAUGUGGUGUGGUGUUGCCUACAUAAGGAAUGGGAGGAGUGCAGAAGGCAUUCCACAUUUGGAAAGAAUCGGCCACAUGAAUGAGCCGGCUGAUGCGAAGAGCAAAGCUCAUUAUUACGAUGGGUUACUAAUGCUUGCAAGUGCUUUAGUUAAUGAAGGUCGUAAACCUGAGGCUGAAAAGUAUUUGAACAAGGCUGUCGCGUACAGCUCCGCUUAUAAUGUGUACCUGGAACACUUGCACAAGGAAGAUGAUCAUAUAGUAAGUGACAUGGUCAAUAACAAAAGGAAGGGACAAUGAGUUACUCCAUGCACAGUAUGAAUGAUAUACGAAGACCAAAAGUUUGCCGUUAGAUAUCCAGAUAUUUCUCCAAGGUGUUGGGAAAAGGUUUGUGAUAUACUCAGCAAAAGAAGGUUGCUUUUUGAUAUCUAGGUCACUGACGAACACUUUCUGAAUUUUGUUGUUGAAGCAAGGUCAUAUACACAGCAAAGAGGAGGGUCAGUUUGUUUAUUGGUAAUGCAACUGUUCGUAAUUAUUUUGGUCUUUUGAUCUGCUGGCGAAGGAUGGUCCCAGAAAGAUGUUGGCUAAGAAUGAAAAUGCCCAAGUAGAUGAUGCGAUGAAGGUCAUGGGAGAAACCCGACGUUGCGUUUCGUAUUCCACAGGGUAUGAUACUGGUCUCUGCGAUCAAAAAAGAGGGUUGUAAUAAAAUAUGUAGGAGCUUAUUUAUUAGAAGCUUUAAGUUCAUCUCCAAAAGUAUAAAUUGCAUUGGAAUCAGAAUGGUUCCUCCUACUCAAAACUCUUGUGAGUGAGCAAAACAAGCUAUACCUGAUACCUCAAUAGCCCUUGAUCUGGAUUAUCGGUUGAAAGAAGCAUUCCUGCAUUAACCUACCUUUUUAAGAAAGAACAAAGCUUUUCGGGAUCGGACGUCCAAUAGGCCUUAAGAAGAGAUGUAAAUAUAGUGCAUACAUCAGUGAAGCAUCCGAAGAAAAUUUAUGCGAUAGAUUUAAGUCCUAGAGAGUGGUUAACCUUACAAUUCAAAUGUUGUCAGAAGUGUCAUCAACAGAAAGCUCUUCCACUACCAAGACUGGCAAGUGCUUCACUGAAUGAAGGUUGGAAGACUGAUGCAACAAGAAAAGCUCGUUAUCCUGAUGGGUUACCAAAGCUCGCUGGUGCUUUAGUAAAGAAGGUCGUAAGCCUGAGGCCGAAAAGUAUCUGCACAAGGCCGUUGUGUACAGCUUUGCUUCUAAUGCUUACUUGGAACCAUUGCAAAUUGAAAAGCUUCGUUUAAUUAGUGAUCUGAAAUCUGAUCAACAAAAGCAAGGACCAAAGAGUUGCUUCAUGCAGAAUAUAGAUGUUGUACGGAGAAUAGAAAGUUUGCUUCUCUACAUUUGGGUGACUGAUGCAUACUUGUUUGGUUUUGAAUUGGAACACUGUUCCUAUGCGUGACAUGUGUGAUCAGCAUUUUUCUUGUAGGCAUUGUGAAUUUGAGGGGUGUUUUCCAUGUGCCUGUCUCUUUUUGCCGAUAGUUAAUCCCAGCAAGACGGCCAUAGCUGCAUGCUAGAUAUACCUACAUUAUAAGGCAUGCAGUCGUCAGAUAUUUAACGAAAUCCUUUGUUCAUAUACAUAUAAUUACAGUCUUAAAAAAUAUGGUGAAACAAGAAGCUGAAGACAAAAUACAGCAGAAAUUUUAUGUUUCCAUGAGUGAACAGAAAGAGGCAGAAACUUAUGCUCCUUAAGAACUGAGUGCUGCAAAAAUUCCUGCUGUAUGUUAUGUUAAGCUUGUUGUUUCACUAUUUCUUUUCAAAACUGUAAUUAUAUCCUGUUAUAGAAUACACAAUAUAAGGUUGAAACUUUUUUCUUAUACCUAAUUGAAUGCUGCACAAUAUUUCUUUUGUAUUUUGUGUCAAGUCUUUUGCUAGACUAUAUUGUACAGAUAGUUUGUAAUUAAGGUUGUUGGAGGGAGAAGAGUUUUGUAUACUUCUGCCUUUUUGGUAUUGGUAAUUUGGGCUGGACCAAAGUAUAUAGUAGGCUGUAGGCCCAACAUGUCUGGCAUCAAUUCCUCCCAUGUGAGACUGAUUGGCCUAGUUUCCACCCAGGCCUUAAUAACAAGGCAUGUAAGGUUAUCCUUAUAUAUCUAACUCUUUUAUCUAGUGGUGUAGCAUCAUCAGAUACUAUUUUCUUGAGAGACUGAAGACCAUCCCCUCUUUUAGAUCGUCUCAGGGUGUGAAGGUGCAGCAUAUAGAAGCAAUGGAUGGAAUUCAGCAACUAGGUCUCCCCUUGCUUGGAGUUGUAGCUGCUGCAGCUGUUACUUUUUACGUGGUCAGCUUUAAUGAGCUUAGAGAGAAAUCUUUUAGAGAUCUGGAUGAUGCCGAAGAUGAUGAAAAUGGCGGGUUUAAGCCUUAUAUGAGGUCCAGAGGAAGGAGAGCCAAACGAAAGGCCGACAAACAAAACAAACCAUAAUUAGUUACUUAAAGAUUGCAUUUUUUUAUUUUUUUUUGAGUUUCUUCACUUAGCAUGGAAUAUUAGUGUUUAAGUGAUUGUUUUUGUCAUUGGUAUGGUGAAUUUUGUGAUGAUUUAAAUAGAGAAUGGGAAGCUCUGGCUUUAUAUAGACAAAUAUAUCUUCUU